CACAUUUGGUUGUUCAUUGUCUGAUUGGGAUAGUCUAAUGUGACUGGACGAUACUCCAACAUGACAACAUACAUGCUGCAGACUCUGUUUACUUGGACAUACAGGGGGAUACUCUGCACCUGCAGGUUUCUUUGGAUUUGCCCGUACAAUGCUAUUAAAUUCAUACCAAGGCAAAAAUACAAAACAAAGGAGGAAAGCAGACCGGUGAAGCAACUUGUUGCUUCUAAAACUAAAGUGACAGCCAUCCCAGGUAGCCCUGAUCGUGUGAAUGUCCUGAAUAAAAGGCUGACCAAAACUGAGCGAGAGAUCCUGUCCCUCAAGACCAGAAUUACCUGUGAGAGAGCAUCAUGGGAAAUGAGGUUUUCUGAGCUGCAAAGACAGCAGGAAGAGCUACGUAAUCAGUUCGCCUCUGGUGCUAAAGAGUUGGUGAAAGUGGGCCCUUGUGACGGUCAUGGAGAGUCAGGAGUGGACAGCGGAGAGGUGUUUGAUGAAUGUUCAGGUAAAUGA